CUAAGUUCGCUUCAUUCGUGCUUCAACCAGCCAACAGUCAACAUCGAGUCCGUCGUUUCUCGUCGCGUUUGUGCGUUUUUACGCCUCUUCUUUUCAACAACGCCUCAAGUCGUCUUGACAAGUCUAAUGUGUCGUGUUGUUCAUACGCAAGUUGUUACCAGUGCUGUUAUUAUUGCUAUUAUCGGAGGAAUUCCACAGUAGCGCAAAUUUUGAGGACGAUCAGUGCAACGAGGGAGGAUCGUGAGGAAUCUUCGGUUGUUUUUGGCGAAGAAAAGUGAAUAUUUUAAGUUGAAGCGUACGACUGACUUUUUGUGGAUGCAAAUAAAGCGAAUGUCGCAGCCUAAGUGCGAAUUGUGAAACUCUCGACGGAUGUGGAUUACAUUGUUUACACACGGCCGUUCGCGACAAAGAACUGCGGGCAUUUCAUAUACGCCUCAUGAGGGUAUUAAGCUGCGAUAGAUAUACGGGCUGGCUAAUAGAGGCAUGAGCUAGACUGUGUCGCGAGUUAAAUGCGAAAUGAACGAUUGAUUUUUUUUACUUCUCCUUUGCCAAUAAUUCUAUCGGAUUUCGACAAGAGAAUAAAUUCUUCUGAAGUGUUUGUGGAAAAACGAGUGUGAUUAAAAGUACAUUAUUCAGUACAGUGAAAAAAGCCAACAAUUCAAGUGACCUUAAGGCUGAGAAGCGAGAAGCAUAAAUUGAAUUGAUAAGUAAGCACAUUUUAUGGAUCUUUUUGCCUUGAGGACGAUUGCGGAACGUCGAUUUUUUCCAUAGCGUACAUUAGCGUGUGUUACUAACGCUUUCACAAGUAUUAGUGGGAAUUUGUAGUGUGCCUACAGCGAAACACCCAUCGUCCCCCUUUUGCAACAUCAAAAACAAACAAGUGUCAUAGCCGUGUGUAUAUGCAACCCACACACGUGCGCUAGUAUUAUCCAGCUCACGGAUCAUUCUGGACGACGACGAAUCGACGAAUAAUAUGCGGAACAACAUUGCUGCCAACAACAACAACAACAAUACCAACAUGGAGUCGUUCUACGAGGACAGUAAUGGUCAAUAUGUGCCGGCUACAAACCAAACGUUGACCACCACAAACCCUGCCGGAAACAGUCUCAAACGACCGGCCACACUUGAGCUGAACCCCGGCAAGAGUCGGAAGGCACGAUUCAAUGCUUCCGUUACGGCGCCACCGGUGCUGACCUCGCCAGAUUUGCAAGUGCUUAAGCUGGUCUCGCCGGAACUGGAGAAGAUAAUCACCAACAAUGCUACCCUGCCUACGCCGACGCCAAGCAGCUUACUGUACCCGAUCAAGCAGGCAACCACUGAGCAAGAACAGUUCGCUAAAGGGUUCGAUGAGGCACUUCGAAGACGACACGAGGAAGAUAACCUGAAUAAAAUGAACAACAACAACAACAACAACUCCAGCAGCAAUAACAAUAACAACAACCCUAGUGUAGUCACAUUGACCACGGCAGCAUCCAUUGUAUCAACAGCAACAACGACCACUCACAACACCAUGAGCGGAGGAGUGAUGAUAUACACUGAUCUCGACGCAAAAAGUGCGAUCAAAGAAGAACCACAGCCAGUGCCAUCGCCUCCCGUCAGCCCGAUCGAUAUGGAAAAUCAAGAACGGAUCAAGCUGGAACGGAAACGUUUGCGCAACCGAGUGGCUGCCUCCAAAUGCCGCAAACGGAAGCUCGAGCGAAUUUCCAAGCUAGAGGACAAGGUGAAGGAUCUCAAAACGCAAAACAGCGAACUAUGUAGCAUCGUAUUCCAGUUGAAACAGAACGUAAUCCAGCUGAAACAACAAGUCAUAGAACAUCACAACUCGGGCUGUACGAUUACGCUGACGGGGAAAUUCUAGGAUCAUUUUAAGUUACCCAAAAUACUAACUAUCCAUGAUUGCGGAACGGUAGCAUCGAGAAAUUAUUUAUUUACAAGCAAUUAAAUUAUACCACUUUUCAUAUGGUAAAAUUUUCCACUUCCUCCCGUUUUCCCGUUAAUAGUAUGUACGCGAACUUAUAAAACAAAAAUGCUUACAUUACACAAUGAUAUAAAACAGAAAUGCCUUAAAAAUUCAAUCGAGCGUUGAUGUUAACCAUUAGAUUAGUGUAGACGAUUAAUUUUUUUUUUGUGCAUUAAAAGUGGGUUGGAAAAGCUUUUAAUUUCCGUGUUUUGAGCGUAAUAAAGAACAAAAGCGAAGAAACAAAAAUAUAUUCUAGUCUCCUAUUGAUGUUCGCAAAGCAAUGAAAUUGUAAGCGCUUUUUAAUAUUUUUGUUUUAUAGUUAUAUAUGCAUCAGACCACAUUAAAAAUAGAAUCGCAUGUGUCAUAUACAAUUCGAAUCGAACGAACAACUGUAAGCAAGAUAAUAUUUUUGAGGAUGUUUGAUUUAGGAAUUAUCGUAAAGCUAGUGAAAGGUAAUUUCUAAAUUUAAAAUAACUACAUACAACUACUACAUAUUAUUUCUCCAUCUCUUACGUUUUGUUUUACGGCGCCUCAUCAAGUCAAAGGAUGAAGCAUUAGUUAAGAUAUUACCACACGAAUGGAGGUACACAUUUGUGCAUUAUUUACAAUAAAUAUUUUCAUUCUGA